GUUGAGGAUAUAUAGACUACCAUCACUGCUCAUGAUAGUCUCUUGAUGGUCAGAGGUCAUCAUGCAAGCCAUAAUUUUACCAUAUAUCCUGUUCUUGGCCACUCUGGCACGGGCGCAGCUGUCUGGUCCCGUUGGUCCACUAGUGGACUACAGCACUAAAGCCAGGAAUCAAACCUGCAACAUUAUCGAUUACGGAGCUCUCGCAGAUGGUAAGACAGAUAUUUCGCAGCCCCUACUCGAUGCCUGGGGAAAUUGCUCCGUGGGGGGACUGGUCUACAUCCCACCUGGUAACUACUCGCUGGCCGAGGAUAUCGAGCUCAAGCACGGCCAGUCCUCUGCAAUUCAGCUUGACGGUGUGAUUAUGCGCGGACACCGCGGAUCAUAUCAGAUGAUUCUGAUCCGUGACUGCAACGACUUCGAACUCUUCAGCGGCAACUCCCGCGGGGCCAUUCAGGGCUUUGGGUACGAAUAUUUGCAAAAUGAGACCUACGGCGAGAGACUGCUGCGCAUCCAAGAGGUUAGCAAUUUUUCGGUGCAUGGAUUUGCACUUGUUGACUCGCCCUCCUACUACAUCGUCUUUGAUACCGUCUCCAGUGGAGAGGUAUAUAACAUCUUGAUCCGCGGCGUGACAUCAGUGGGGGCGACAGAUGCCAUCGACGUAUGGGGAGAGAACAUGUGGUUCCAUGACAUUGAAGUGAGCAACGGCGAUGAAUGUGUCACUGUCAAGUCUCCGGCGCACAACUAUCUGAUCGAGAAUAUCUACUGCAAUCUAAGUGGUGGGACCGCCAUUGGCUCCUUAGGCACAGGCACCAAUAUUUCUGACAUUCACUACCGCAAUCUCUACAUGAAUCGAGCAGAUGCGUGCUUCCUGAAAAGCAACAAUGGGGAUGGACUUGUUAAAAAUAUCAUCUGGGAGAAUGUCAUAGUUCACGGCGGUCCUUACCCGCUAGCCAUAGACGAGGCCUGGGGGGACGACCGAGGCUCUGUAGGAGUUCAAGUGUCCAACCUCACAUUCCGAAACUGGCACGGAGAAUCUGCUAGCGCCUCACGCCCGGUGAUCCGUCUACAAUGUGACUCUGACGUCCCAUGCUACGAUAUUACCAUCGAAAACGUGAACCUCUGGGCCAACGACACCAGCUAUGUGGUCUGGCUGUGUGAAAAUGCCUAUGGAGAUGGGGCCUGUCUCUCUAGUGCAAAGGGAACAACAGAUUUAAAGACUUUUACCAGCAAACAGACUAUAACUGCCACCCCGUCCUAUGCUGCGCCAACAAUGGCAGCUGACUUCACCUCUGAUCUGCCAUCAACGAGCCCUUUCACUAUUCCUCCCAUGCCGACGAGUUUCUACCCGGGUGCUACUCCCAUCUCAACCCUCCUACAUCUCCAUGGUGCGGGUGGUCUCCCGUCAGCAUCUGCCAUUCCACAUCGUCGACGACGGCAUUGACUAGUUUAUGCUAUAGUAGAUGAUUAGCCUAGAGCGUAUUGGUAGUACAUUUAUAUAUAGGGCUCAUUCAAAAUGGCUGGUGACAGCAGCGGUUAGGCAAUAUUCCUGGACCUCAGCGGCUAUAAAG